AGGGAAUACAUUAAUUUCAUUUAUUUAAUAAUAUACUAGAAAUUAGACUUCAAAAUAAGCUUCUUUUUUUUUGAAACCAUCAAAAAUCAAAAUAACAAGCUGAGACGACGCCGUAUCUUUUGAGUAAUCCUUCUUCCACUGAUCCAUCAGAAGCGCAGAGACAGAUCCGUGAGCAGAAGAAUCAUGAAGUGACUGAAAAAAUGGCGUCCAAGCUAGCUCCCACACUCGCCCGGUUAAUCUUGCCUGCUGCAUUCAUCCUUCUAUUCAUCUACUCUACCACACUCCUUUAUACUCCUUCUAAAGAAGAAGAACCCCGCGCGAGAGAAGAAGCCGUCGAAAAAGCUGAAGUUGAAUAUUUGCCGCCGGAAUCGUGUAAUCUCUUCAAGGGAAAGUGGGUAACUGAUCCUAAUCGGAAGCCCCUAUACGAUGAGACCUGCCCUUUUCACAGGCACGCAUGGAACUGCCUUAGAAAUCAAAGGGCUCAUAUGGAUCGAAUCAAUUCUUGGACAUGGGUGCCGGAGGAUUGCCCUCUGCUCCGGGUCGACCCGGAAAAGUUCUUGAGGAUGAUGAGGAAUAAGAACAUUGGGCUUGUGGGGGACUCGUUGAAUGAGAAUUUCUUAGUGUCGUUUGUUUGUAUAUUGAGGAGGGCUGAUUCAGGGGCUAAGAAGUGGAAGAAAAAAGGAGCUUGGAGAGGAGUUUAUUUUCCCAAGUUUAACGUCACUGUUGGAUAUCAUCGUGCUGUUUUGCUGGCUAAGUACGUGUGGCUGAAGCUGCCUGUACGUCGGGUCUCUUCUGAUCAAGUUAAAUUUAAAGAAAUAUAUCGAGUUGAUGUUGAUGUUCCAGCAGAAGGUUGGGCAGGCAUUGCUGAUUUCUAUGAUGUUCUUGUAUUCAAUACUGGCCAUUGGUGGAACCAUGAUAAGUUUCCAUGGGAGACUCCACUUGUCUUCUUUAGGGCUGGAAAACCAAUACAUCCUCCGUUGGAUAUGUAUGAAGGACUUAAAGUUGUUCUUGAUUCUAUGGUUGCUCACAUACAGAAAAACUUUCCGGCAAAGACAUUGAAGUUCUGGCGAUUGCAAUCUCCAAGGCAUUUCCAUGGUGGUGAUUGGAAUCAAAAUGGUAGUUGCACAUUUGAUGAGCCUCUUGAAGAACCCCAGGUAUGAUGUACUCUGUUAUAACAAGCAGGUAUACCUUCAUUAUUUGUUGUAUCUUGUUGCAUGGACUUAAAGUAGGCUAAUUUUGUCGAUAGUUAGUAAAGAAUUUUGUCAGAGAUGAACAAGUAAUGGACUUAAAAUAAGGUAAUGCAAUUAAAGCAAUUUCAUUUGCAUUUUGAUCCUUUGGUAUGUGUAUACUUGUGGAAUGGAAUAUUCUUAUCAAAAACCUCACACAUUAUGGAUGAACAAGUAACUUCUCAAUAAAUUAAAUUAUGUUAUCACUUCUAAAGGAGGUCUUUUGCUGCUGUACAGCUUGAUUUGUGGUUUGAUCCCAGCAAUAAUGGAGUAAAUAAAGAAGCACGACUGCUUAAUCAAAUUGUUGAGAAGGCACUAAAGGGUACAGACAUCAGAUUACUUGAUCUUACUCAUUUGAGCGAGUACAGAUCGGAUGCCCAUCCUGCGAUAUGGUUGGGUAAAAAGGAUGCGGUGGCUGAAUGGGGUGAAGACUGCAUGCACUGGUGCCUUCCAGGCGUUCCAGAUACAUGGGUUGAUAUUCUAGUGCAGCUGAUCCGUUAUCGCUUUGGUAGAGGGUGAUUGCUGCAGGAUUUAUAUGCGCUUUCUUCUGCAAAGGAGUUCUUAAAAGCAUAUAGCUGUUUCCCAGAUGAAAAUAUUUGGGCGCAAGUACAGUUUCUCUGUUCAUUUUCAGGGACAAAUUGCUGAGGCUUCUCGAGCUAAUCGUGCCACUUUAAACUUAUAGGAAGAGUGUAGCAAAUUUUGCCUUCACUAUUUGGAGGGCGGGAGUAGCAAAUGUUACUAGGUUAUGCGAAGCACAUAGAAUCUAGAAACUGUUCACUUUGCAUUUUCGAGUACUCGCUGGGAGAUAAUGUGUAAUGUCGAUUGACUUGGUCGGAAAGCAAGGCCAAUCAAUCAGAUUGAGAUCAACGAUACGGACAGGAGGCUAUUCUUUUAUGUGAUUCAUUUAUUCUUUACUCGAAGUGCCUUCAUGUGUCCGCUUACAAUUUUCCUGGCAAUAGUUGCUACGCUUUAUAUCGUAACAAGCUCAAAAC